AUGGCCAAAAAAAGAAAGCAUGUUGACCGUUCCGAACCGUCAAGCCAACCUCCAACCAAGAAGAGACUCUCCGAUACCACCCUUCCGGAAGGCGUUCAUCACUACCAGUCCCUUGGCGAAGUUCCCUGGGACCUACAAAAGUACUGGCAUCAGGGCUAUUCGAUCUUCUCCAAAUAUGACGAAGGCAUCUGGAUGACCGAUGACUCGUGGUAUGGUGUGACGCACGAGUCUGUUGCAAAUAAAAUCGCUCAGCACAUGGCAGAUGCCGCGCCUCCGGAGAGGUCAAUCAUAAUUGAUGCCUUUUGCGGGGUGGGUGGAAACACGAUUGCAUUUGCCCUGUCCAAACGGUGGAAGAGGGUCUAUGCUAUAGAAAAAGAUGCCGCUACAUUGGCCUGCGCCAAACACAAUGCGGAGAUCUACGGUGUGGCGGACCAGAUAACUUGGUUCCACGGCGACUGCUUUGAAAUCCUGGGUGCUCUGAAUUCUAGUAAAGAGAAGGUGGUCGAACCACUCAAAGCCAUUACCAGUCAAUUUGGCAUCAUCUUCGCCAGUCCGCCAUGGGGAGGACCUGGCUAUCGUAACUCGGAUAUCUUCGAUCUCGAGUCAAUGCAACCUUAUACGUUCCACUAUCUUUAUGAAACCCUGCGGACACUGACCCCGAACCUGGUCAUGUAUUUGCCCCGGACUAGUGACUUGCGUCAAAUUGCCAGGACAGGUGAGGAGGGUAAGAAAACGCAAGUCGUACAUUACUGCACGAGUGGUACCAGCCGAGCCUUGUGCGCAUAUCUUGGGGACUGGGGGACAUUGAAGCUGUAA